AGUAUAGAUUAAUGUACAAUAGUUUAGAUGUUUAGUCGAAAUGAUAACUUUUUUAUGCUAUGUGUUUGCAUUGAUGAUAACAUCAUCGUUGCAAUCAAAUUAUGGUUACAGUGGUUAUAAUUUAUCGCCAAAUUUGGCUCUAAAUAACUUCUAUUACUAUUAUCCCGAAAGAAAUUAUCAAAACGUAUUCUCGACUAUCGAUAACUAUAACAAUGAUUAUGCAUAUACCGGAUACAUACCAUCCUAUCAAUUAUCUCCAAUUUACAACACCUAUCCAUUGAUUAAUCCACAUCCAACUGUUGCGCCACCGCUAUGGUCGGGAAAAAAACCAACAGGACUGGUAGGCGGCAAACGGAUCACCACUAUUGGCAGCGUUUGGCCACCACGUCGUGAAUGGGGAUCUAAUAUACCGCCAGUCAUUGCCGCUACUCCUAAACCACCGAUAGAAAGGUGCAGAUGUAAACCACCCGAAGGAAUUGGAUCUGAAACGGAUAUGAAGACUAAAACGACGACAACCACUGAAAAGCCUGAUAUCACAACUGCAACGGACGUCAAGGAUAGUGAAAGUGACGAUGAAAUGAAUGAUAAUAAAGAUGAAGAAUAA